CCCAUCACAAGCUGAUUGAACGUGGUCGCACGCUUUCGGGUCGCUGGUGUGGAGUUCGGUGUCAGUUUGUACAUGUGGAUUUAUGGCUCCUCUAAAUAGAACAAUAUAAACAUGGUGGACAUGUACUCCAGGGUUUGGUCAAGUCACCGGGCCCAGCGGGGCUUGACGCUGCCGGUGGUUCCUCAGGUGGAGAAUGAAAGUCCCAGGUCAGCCGUGUACGUCAAUGUAGCACAGCUUCGCCAGAGCAUCUCUGAGUCUCCCCCCUCGGCUCCUUCGUCCUACUCUCCUUCCUACCUUGACCCAGAGGGAUGGGAGGUGCACACUGACCAGGAAAGUGGACAGGAGUACUACUACCACCCUGCGACGGGGCGCACCACCUGGGACAAUCCCUUCCUUGACUCACCCACGGACCCUGAGCCUUUCUCUGCAGAGGAGCCCCGCUCUCCCUCACCUCCUCAGUCGCCUGCCCUCUCUCUGUCCACCGCCUCCCCCCCUGCGUGGACCUCAGACUGGGAGCAGUUGGUGGAUGAGACCAGCGGCCGCCCCUACUUCUACAACGCAAUGUCUGGGGAGACGUCCUGGGAGCCUCCGGAGCAGCUGAGCCCGUAUCCCCCUCUCAUGGAGCCUAUGAGCGUGCACAGGUUUCACGAGGACGGGCCGCCUCCCCUACCUGAGGAGGACUACCCCUCGGGGGAUUACCCAGCUGCUGAUCAACCAGAGUUGUACGAGGAGCUCCUUGCCACGGGGCCUCCAACCCUCCCUAAAGAGUACACCCUCAGCCACGUGAGCCGGACCAUCAUCCCCAGGGCCAACCUGGACCGCAGCACCCCGGCCGGUUGGAACCUCACCGUGGAACCAAACGGGACCUGGGUGUUCACCAGUGAACACUCUCCAGACCAGUGGAUCAAGUCUGUGGAUGAUCGAGGGCAGACCUACUACUACCUGAGAGACGGCUCCAAGUCUCAGUGGAACCUGCCCGAGGCCCCUGUAGCUCUUGGUCAGUCCAGGGUGGAGAAUGGUGUUGAGGCGGAAAACGUGUCGAUCAUUAAAAACUGGAGACACACUAUGGGACCUGCUCAGCUCAGCUCAGCCCAGGAUGAUGGGAGGUUCUUCCCGACUCACAGGAGGAACACGUCCGACUACAGCAGCGACAGCUCCAGCACAGGAAACUCUCCAGAGACGCAGCAUAACGUGCAGAACUUGGAGAAAGCUGGAAUCCUCAACAAAACAAAAGUGUCUGAGAACGGCAAGAAAGUAAGGAAAAACUGGGCCCAGACAUGGACGGUUCUCCACGGAGGAGUGCUGACGUUCCACAAAGACCCGAAGUCGGCAGCGACGGGGGCCUCGAACAAGACCAAUCAGAUUGUUCCAGAGGUUGCGGUGGACCUGCGAGGAGCCUCGAUCGGCUGGGCCUCAAAGGACAAAUCCAGCAAAAAAAAUGUUUUAGAGUUAAAAGGCAAGAACGGUGUGGAGUUUCUGAUACAGUACGACACAGAAAGCAUCAUCAACGACUGGCACAAAGUCUUAAUGGACACCAUACGACAACUGGAGUACCAGGACCAUCACUCAGAGGAAGAGGAUGGGGACUUGUAUGAGAAGAUUCCCAACACAGAGCGAGAUGACAGGUCUGCAGGUGGCAUAGACAAGCGAAGAUCCUCUAGGCCGACUAUCACGCCCUCAUCCAGCUCUGCAGGAGACGCAGACCAGAAGAGGGUUCGAACCAAGCUGAUGAAGUUCCUCAUGAAACGCCCGACGCUGCAGUCCGUCAAGGAGAAAGGCUACAUCCGAGAGAAUGUGUUUGGUUGCCACCUGGGCUCACUGUGUGCACAGGAGAAGACCACAGUCCCUAGUUUUGUGGACAGAUGUAUCAAUGCUGUAGAAAAGAGAGGUUUAGACAUUGAUGGACUCUACAGAGUGAGUGGGAACCUCGCUGUCAUUCAGAAACUACGCUUCAAGGCCGAUCAUGAGGAACUGGACCUCGAGGACGGCCAGUGGGAGGACGUUCAUGUCAUCACCGGAGCGCUGAAGUUGUUUUUCCGAGAGCUCGCUGAGCCGCUUUUCCCAUUCAGCUACUUUAAUAGCUUCAUCUCAGCCAUCAGAAUUCCUGAUUAUAACACAAAACUGCAUCACAUGUGUGAACUGGUCAGAACACUUCCUGCUCCACAUCAUGAGACCAUGAAACUUCUUUUUGGGCAUUUACGCAGGGUCAUUCAGUUUGGGGAGGACAAUCGCAUGACUGUGCAGAACGUGGCAAUUGUGUUCGGCCCGACGCUGCUUCGGCCAGAGAUGGAGUCGGCCAACAUCGCGAUGCACAUGGUGUUUCAGAACCAGAUAGUUGAGUUCAUUCUCAAUGAAUAUGAGCGCAUCUUCCGCUCCAGCUAAAGCAGUCACAAGCCUCCAGUGCAGACCUGGGCAAAUGUCUAAAUGUGCUCAAGUUAUUUGAAGUGCUAGAUUUACCUUUUGCAUGCACAUAAACAGCUUCGGUGCAACACCUGAAAAUGAAACUCUUCUUGUAAGAUAAGCUGAAGGGCUUUUCAGGUUUUCUUUGCUCGGAAUAUUUGAAGUUUAAUCACUUGAAACUUUAUAGAGGACUCUUCAAAUAGUCUUUGCUGAGAAUAUCUGAAGCAUGUUUAACCAUUGUUUUGUCCAGAUUUACUCCAUAGGAGGCUCACACUGUUAGAACUAUCUUUGGCAGUAUUGUAGGAUUGGAAAUUAAGCCACACAGGUGUAGACAGGUGUGGUUUGGUUUCCCGUCUCAGAGCUAUUGAGCUUGUUUCUUGGCUGGAAGAAGGACUGUGUCAGUUUGCUCUCGCUCCGAGAUUCUAGCUGUCUUAAUCUCACAAGUCACUUUCUGGAGAUUUAAAUUGUUUAUUUUAAUUUUUUAAUUUUUUUUUUUUGUUUCAGUUUGUCUAAAUUGCAAUUAUAAUAGAACCCAAGUCAAACCCAGACGGAUGCAUUAAUUCUCUCUUUAAAAAUGAUCAACAAUUGCUUCCAUCUUUAUUUUAGAAAGUUUAAUGACUUUUAAAUGUUAUUUUGGAUUUGAAGUUAAAGUAUAUCACAUAUUGCAAUAACUCAGAUUGUAUUCUAAUAUUGCAUUUUUUGUUUUCAGUUUCAUUUUUACCCAUGGAUUCUUUUAUUGUAAUAUAGAAAUGUAUAAAAAAAUAAAUAUUAAUACCAAUAUCUUGCUGUGAAGUAGAUGGUGACCUAGAAUCCUUGCGCAAACUAUAGGUUAUUUCCCACUGAAUCAUAAAACACAAUUUUUCAAUCAUGCUGUACAUGAAGAAACUGUAUAAUGACAACAUAGAAAUAUAAAUAAGUAAUACAUCUUUUUGACAGUUGGCAGUAAAGUCAGAAUGAUGAAUGUAUCAGAAAAGUGGAUAAUAGAAGAGAUUUAUGUCCUGUAUAUAGAAAUAGAUGGCAUAUUUAUGCUGAACAUUGUUGACAGUGCACAAGUUAUUCAAUAAUAAAAUAA